CCCACUAUUAUAACUUUAUGUUGUGCUUAUUUUAAACAGCAAAUAUAUGGAAUCCUCUCCUCAUAUAUUGCCAUAACCAAAGCCACAAGACACAAUACAAUACUACUUCCGCCUCCUCCUCAGUCCUCAAUCAAUCAUAAACUCUGUCUUGUCUCUGUACCACAAACUAUUUACUGUCUCCGCCGCUGUAUCCACGGUCAUCUCUCUCUCUCUCUCUAGAUCCAACAAAGCAAAGCAUGGACGAGUACUCAUCAAUCAUCUCAGCUGCAUCAUCAUCUCCGUCGUCUUCCCAGCUGCAAAGCCCGGCAACCCUUCAACAGAGACUUCAGCUCAUCGUACAAACCCAGCCCCACUGCUGGGCCUAUGCCAUUUUCUGGCAAUCUUUCAACGACGACAUUAAUGGCCGCCUCGUCUUGGCCUGGGGAGAUGGCCAUUUCCAUGGGACCACCAAACACACAGUACUGAACACCGACCGGAGCAAGCCUAUCGUCGGCGAAGCUACCGACGCCGUCGAAUGGUUCUUCCUCAUGUCCUCAACCAGAUCCUUCUUCGCCGGAGAUGGAGUUCCCGGGAAGGCCUUUGCUUCCGGGUGUCUGGUUUGGCUGAAAGCUGCCCAUCAGCUUCAGUUCUACAACUGCGAAAGAGCUCGAGACGCUCACGCCCAUGGCCUUCUCACUCUUGUCUGCAUUCCGACCUGUAACGGGGUGAUCGAGUUGGGUUCCACUCAAAUAAUCCAAGAAAACUGGGGUUUGGUGCAGCAAGCGAAAUCACUUUUUGGAUCAGAUCUCCCAAUAUUCCCAAAGCAACUCAUGAGUCCGAUGCAGGUUCUCGAUCAUCGCAACGUUUCGGUCGCCGAUGUGGGUAUACUGAUGGAGCAUUCAAAGUCGGAGUGUGGUCUUGAACCGCCUCCGGCAGAGGCGGUGCAGCAGCGGCAACCGAAGAAGAGGGGAAGAAAGCCGGGGCAGGGCCGGGAGAUGCCGGCGGACCACGUGGAGGCGGAGCGGCAGCGGCGGGAGAAGCUGAACCACCGCUUCUACGCCCUCCGGGCGGUGGUCCCCAACGUGUCGAGGAUGGACAAGGCAUCCUUGCUCUCCGACGCAGUGGCCUACAUCUCCGAGCUCAAGGGCAAAGUUGAAGACAUGAAAUCGCAGCUCCACCAGAGAGAAUCAUCAUCCAAGAAAGUGAAGAAGAUGGAGUCCAUAGACAGCAGUGCAGACAACCAAAGCACGACCACCACGAGCGUGGACCAGAGAACAGGUCCUAAUUCGUCGUCCUCCUCGUCGUCGCCGCGUUGUACGGCGGCUGGGCUGGAGGUGGAAGUUAAGAUUGUGGGUCCAAACGCUGUGGUGAGGGUGCAAUCGGAGAACGUUGAUUAUCCGGCGGCGAGGCUGAUGGUGGCGCUGCAGGAGCUGGAAUUGCCGGUCCACCAUGCCAGCAUUUCGACCGUCAAUGAUCUGAUGCUUCAAGAUCUGGUGGUCGGUGCUGCUGAAGGGCUGAGUGAGGAUGGAUUCAGAACUGCUCUGCUUGGGAAACUUAAUUGCAGCAGCACAAGCAAUUCCCUUAUCUAGUCAGUAAAUCUAGUAAUUAAUUAGUUACUAAUAGUAAUACUAGUUAGUUUUGUAAUAAAAUAAAAUCUUCAUCUUGGUUUCCUGUUUAUUAAGUCUUAUAUCAUAAAUAUUAUCACAGAUGCGAUCGAGAGGUUUGAGAGGGCAAGAGAUUGGUGACGCAGUCAAAAAUUUAUGAGAAUUCAUGGAUAUAUCCAACUCCAUUAAUGUAAAAUUGGAAAUUUUU